UUUUUUUUUUCCCCGCACGGCGGGUUUUUCCAGCCGCCGGCCGGGUGACAGAAGCGCAGUCGUUUUCUUAGCGCAUGCGCCCGAGAGAGAGAGAGAGAGAGAGAGAGUCGCUUUCUCUAAUCGCCGCCGUUCCUUCUCCGCCUGCGUCUCGGGGCAGGACGCCGCCGCAGCCGCGUCUCGUACCGUCAGCGCUGAAGGCGGGCGCGCGUCCCGCAGCCCUGCCGAAGUCGGGCCGCAGCGUGUCGGGGGCAGGAGCGCAGCGCUACUACCCGCGAGCCAUGUCCGGCGUGGGGGUGGAUUCCUGCGGGGGAUCGGGGAUCGGGGCCUGCGGCGGGGGGGCGGCGGCGGCGGCGGCCUCUUCCUCCUCCUCCUCCACCUCCUGUUCCCCCGGUGGAAGCGGCGGCGGCGGCGGGCUGUCGAUGUUCCGCUGGCUGGAAGUCCUGGAGAAGGAAUUCGACAAGGCGUUCGUGGAUGUGGACUUGCUGCUGGGCGAGAUCGACCCGGAUCAGGCGGACAUCACUUACGAAGGGCGGCAGAAGAUGACCAGCCUGAGCUCCUGCUUCGCCCAGCUCUGCCACAAGGCGCAAACGGUGUCCCAGAUCAACCACAAGCUGGAGGCUCAACUAGUAGAUCUGAAAUCAGAACUGACAGAAACUCGGGCUGAAAAGGCAGUAUUAGAAAAAGAAGUACAUGACCAACUAUUGCAACUCCAUGCCAUUCAACUUCAGCUUCAUGCAAAGACUGGCCUGAAUGUUGAUUCCGGGGCAAUAAAGGCAAAAUUGUCUGCCUGUUCUUUGGAGGAUAUGGAGAGAGAACUUGAAGCCAGCAAGAAAGAAAAGGUGAAAGAAGCCCAACUUGAAGCUGAAGUGAAAUUGCUUCGGAAGGAAAAUGAGGCUCUACGUCGACACAUAGCUGUGCUUCAGGCUGAAGUAUAUGGAGCCAGACUCGCAGCUAAAUAUUUAGAUAAAGAACUAGCUGGAAGGGUUCAACAAAUUCAGUUGUUGGGUAGAGAUAUGAAAGGACCUGCCCAUGACAAACUUUGGAACCAGCUAGAAGCUGAAAUCCAUCUGCACCGGCACAAAACUGUAAUCAGGGCAUGCCGAGGUCGAAACGAUCUAAAACGACCCAUGCAAGCACCCCCAGGGCAUAAUCCAGAUUCCUUAAAGAAGAGCCAAGGUGUUGGUCCAAUCAGAAAAGUUCUCUUGGUUAAAGAAGAUCAUGAAGGACUAGGCAUUUCAAUUACAGGAGGAAAGGAGCAUGGGGUUCCCAUUUUGGUCUCUGAAAUUCAUCCGGGUCAGCCUGCUGAUCGCUGUGGAGGUCUGCACGUUGGAGAUGCCAUUCUGGCAGUUAAUGGAGUUAAUCUGAGAGACGCGAAACACAAAGAGGCUGUAACUAUUCUUUCGCAACAGAGAGGAGAAAUCGAAUUUGAAGUUGUAUAUGUUGCUCCUGAAGUAGACUCAGACGAUGAAAAUGUAGAAUACGAGGAUGAGAGUGGACAUCGCUAUCGUUUGUAUCUUGAUGAAUUGGAAGAAGGUAGCAAUUGUGCUUCCGGUAGAAAAGAUGGAAGUGGAGAUAAACCGUUACAAGUAUUUGAUAAGAAAGCAAGUAUUGAUGGCCAUGAAAAUGGAGACCUGGGGAAUACAAUUGAAACUGAAGAGACUGUAUCUAAACUAGCCCAGUCUUCUGAGAGCUUAGCCUAACCCCUCUGAAUGGGACUAGUAUCUCCUUUAAGAUGGGUUUCAUGGGCUGUUCUAUAUGAUAAAUGCCACAGAAAGUUACAGUGAAGGACUGUUCAUAAGGUAAAGAGACACUGUGUUACCAUUGUCUGUAAAACAAAUCUGUUCUGGUUGGUUACCUCAGGGCUUCAUUAUGAACAAGUCUAAAUGUGCAAAAUGUCCCACUUUUUGAAAAAGUUGCCCAUGAAUUUUAGCACCAAAGUAUUAUUUUCCCUCCAAGACUUUUCCUGAGUUCAUUUUGGAUUGUACCUAUGAAUGCAAGUAUAGAAAGAUGCAGAGGAGCUGUAAUGCUUGAUUCCUCUCACAUAUACCAAAAACAAAUAAAAUGGUAUCCAUUUGCUAAUAAAAUAGGCUGCAGCUAACAAAUAAGAAUGGCUAAUGGUUUAAAAAUACACCUUGCAAGAAGGUGAAAAGCCAAAAAAAAAAAAAAAACCCCAACCCCCACCAAACUUCAUAAUAUUCAAAAUAAAUAUAUAUUUUGCUUUAAAAUCCACAUGUAAGAUUUUAAAUAACAAUUAUUUAUUUGGAAGUAAUCUUACUUAGCUCUGAAUACUGUAUGUAGUUUUCUCCUUUCAAAUAUUCUUGUCUGUUGAUGCUGAAUUUGGAUAUAUUCCUAAAGCAUCAAGCAGAAUAUUUAUGGUAACUUAAAAAAAAACACUAAAUGUGAAAUGAACUUACUUAAAGUCUGCCCUUAAAAAUUGUACAAGUAUCCAUUUUCUCCGAGCUGAGUAAGGUUGGAUUCAUAUAGUUGUUCAUCCUACUGCUCAAUAACUUUAUAAUCACUGCACAUGUCAUAUAGGAAUUAGCUUGUCUGAGGGAAUUCAGUGUUCCAUAGAUUAGUAAUUCUAGUUUAUUUCUAAAGUUGUAAAAUGUAGCUCACUUAAAUUAGCUCUGGGCUGUUCCAAGGGCCCACUUUCACCUUUGUCCUGAUCAUAUUGUAGAUGACUAUAAACUGAUCAUUCAGUUUCUAUUCACCAUCUAUCCAAUUGUAUUCUUAGUGAUUAUUGGGGAGGGGAGAUUUUUAUAACGGCAUGAGGAAAGGUAUUUAAAUUUGCUACUAAAAUUCUCUGCAAAGGCAGCAGGUUCACAUGAGGUGAUUUAUUGGGCACCUGAGGCAAUUUAUUGGGCACAUAGUAAGCAGCACUGCCUCAUUGUAAGUUAUCAGUUAAUGGCUGGUCAUCAGUUUAUGUGGGGUAAUUGGCCAUGUAAUCAUUGCCCAAGUCAUCUCCAAAAUAAAUUGUUGGUAAGCACUGAUCAUACAUUGCAGGCAAGAUAGCAGUCUUGUCAGAAGCGAACGGUCCAUUCCAUGAGUAGAGCCAUUGUAGGUGAAGUUCUCUACUUAUGAUGAUGGGAGAUUAAUAAUCACUACUCAGAUUACUAAUCAGUAAUCACAAGGCCAUCAGUGACUCAUGUCAUGCUACGUGAAGACGUUUACACGAGCCAUCUCUGAAAAGGGAGAGUCAAGCAUACAUAUUCUGUAUCUUGUGAGGUCCUUGCAGGACUAGCAGAAAAAUGAUUAAAGUCCUGAUACUUCACAGAACUAUAUUUUUGGUAUUAUUUUUUUAAAAACUCAAAUGUUCCAAAACCUGAAAACGCUCAAGGCACUUUUAGAAUGUGUUGGUAUUAAUGGGGUUGUCUUGGCUAAAUUCUUGUACUGCUGUGUAUGUGUGCGUGUGUGUUUUAGGUACAUGUGUGUAUACAUACCUACACACCCACAUACCCACAUACCCACAUAUAAAUGUAUACAUAUGUGUCUUAUUAAAACUGCACACUCUCUGUAUGCAAAUGGUUAAAAACCAUGUAGCUUUUUUAAAUUAUAGGAUAAAGCAUGAAAUGCCUGCUUUCCAUUCCCUUUACUGCAGGCAAUUGAAAUGUAAUAUUUAAAAAUGUAUUUUGAGAGUGGAAAUAAUGUAACAGGAAACUUUGUAAGUGUUUUUUUUUCUAUUGACUGUAUAUAAAUGGAGAACGUAUAAAAAGGCCUUUAAUGUAAUGUCAGUUAACCUUAUGUUCAAUGUUUAAAAUGUUGUGUUAUGGAACACAGUUAAAUAUGUCUCUUCUAGCUGCACUAUAUACAUGUUUAUAGAGAACUUUAAAAUGUAAAUACUGUAUGCAAAUAUUUUGCCAUUUAUAAUGUUGCUCAUAAAAUAACUUUUGUGCAUCAUUUCACUCACUUGCUCAUGGAAGUGUAUUUAAUUUGCAGUAAAUUUUAAUUGCUGCCCUAAUGAAUGUUUCACUGUUAAAAUACUUAUUUCCAAGGCAAGCCAGGAUUUUCAGUUAGACAAUGAGACUGUAAAAUGUAUGAAGUUGCUAAAUGUCUAUGGAGAUUCAGGUUAUGUAUCCCAAAGGUGCUUUUUUUCUAGUUGCCUCAAGUCCAGUUACCUCUUGAAAAAGUGCCUUUGGGAUAGGAAGUUGCAUAUGAAAAAAUGUAUUGUUCCAUCUUACAGCUAGUCCUCAAUUUACAACUGUAUUUGAGCCUGCAAUUAGGGUUGUAAAUUGGACCAGUAGUUAAGCAGAUCACCCUAUGACUAUACCUGAUUUUACAACCGUUUUUGUGGUGGUCAUUAAGCAAACCCCAUUUCACUAAUGAGCACUUUUUGCCGAAAACAGGAGUAAAUGCUACAAACUGGUAAAAAAUUGCAGUCACAUGACCACAGGAUUCUGUAAAUGGCUCUAAAUGUGAGCCGGUUGCCAAGUGCCCAAAAUGUGAUCAUGUGACCAUGUGUGACUGUGUGUGGCUGUCGGAAUUUCAAAAAUUUCUCAGAAGUAGCUCUAUUGUAACUUCGACCAAUGGUCAUUAAGUGAGGACUAUCUUCUACUAUAGAUGCAGAAACUCCAUAUUACAUAGUUAUUUUCUUAAUUAAAAUGCUAGUAUAAUAAAUUUGCAUGCCCAUCUUUAAAUCAGCAGGAAAUUGACUAUGUAGAAUACAAUUACCAAACAUAUGUUUCUAUUUAAGUUGUAAUUUAAUUCCCCCCCCCUCCUGCAGCAAUGUUAAUUCAUCAAACUGUUUUAUGGAUUCUCUUCCGAAUACAGUUACAUUUUUAAAAAAGUAGUAUGAAGACAUAAAUCACUGCGGGUCAAUUAGAAAAAUUUUUUUUAGUUCUUCCCUCGAAUAAUCUACUACCAUCCAUAUUCUUCUUUUCAUACUUAGAGAAAUGAUGACUGCAUCACCAGCAUCGAAAAGCACAAACAGCUAUUUAUUAUUACAUUUCAGAGAUGGAAUAUUGCUUUGGUUAAAGUGGUGAAGAUUUUGGUAACAUAGAUACUGAAAAAGAAGUGUGUGUAGGGGAGGCAGAAUACAACCCUAUUUCACACCUUUCUGGAUUGAGAUAACUGCAGAGAGAUCGCAUCUGACUUGCAUAACUGUAUUUCCUUGCAGCAAUUUAAUUAACAGAAUAACUUCUGAUUAUAGAGUAAUAAAAUGGUCUUUCUCUAUGGAGGGGAUCAAAGAUUGAUUUUCAGUCAGCAAAGGCAACAUACAGGGAGUUGGUAUAGAUAUCUGUGUAGUUCUCUGCUACAAACUCUAGGUUAGCAAAUUGGUCCCCAGUUGCCUGUCUUUUCCCAAUGCUUUCUUGUUUGUUGACUGGAAAUUUCUCACAUUCUAGCCUAGGGGUGUCAAACUCGCGAUGACACGUCACGUGAUGAAUUGCAGCUUUCCCCUUCACUAAACCAGAGGUGGGCGUGGCCAGUGCAUGAUGCAUUCGGCCUGCGUGACCAUGAGUUUGACACCCCUGUUAUAGCCCAUCCAGAAGCUUAUAAAACAGUAAGGGUUAUAUAAUUUAUAGUUUAGGAUGUGUAGAAUGCUUAGGAAGCUAAGCAAAUGAUAAUUGGAAGGCCCUUGCUGUUAUCUUUAUUAAGAAAUAGGACAAUAGUAGAACUAUUCCAGUCUUUUGGCAUUGCGAAUGCAUUAUUGAUAUGCAUAACUAGAGAAGCCAGAGGGAUUCUUUUGCCUUCUACAAAUCAUGUGAUGUUUUACUCAUUCUUCAUGUUUUGGUAAAGGUAAUAGUUAGGGGUCUGAUCAGAGUGUUGGCACCCUAUUAUCUAGGAUUUUUCAAAAUUUUGUUUGUUAGAUAAUUAACAAAUGUUACAAAAAAGUUAGUACCUAGCCAGUGUGGUAUAGUGGCUAAAUUGUUUGACUAGGAGCAAGGAGAUCAGAUUAGUCCAGCCUCAGCCAUGGAAGCUCACUGCACAACUUUGAACUAGUUGCUAUUUCUAAUCCCAGCGGGUUGGGAUAAACAAAAGGAAAAACUAUGUACAUUGCUUUGUGUAAAAUAUAUUGCCUGUAUAAAAUAUAGUAUGUUCUUCA